UCAUUUAUAACGAUAGUGUGUUAUUAUAUGACUGUGUGUUAGUACGUGUGAGGAGUAUGAAGUGUUCUGAUAUAAGAUUGUGCAGAAUAAAGGCUACCUUAUAGGAGGAAGUUGAAAAGUCAUAUAUUGAACGCUACGAUGUUAAAACUCUUUUUGAAUGAUUUAAAUGGGACUAUCUCUCGAGAGAAACUGGCUUGAUUGGCAUGAAUGGACUACAUGUAAUUAUGGAUGUCACAAAGUUGUUUAGACAAGCAAAAUAUAUUCCAAAUCGACGGAAUCUUGCAUGAAUAUUUCGUUCACUGCAAAGUACUUCAACAUUUUGCAAAAACUCGAUAACAUCUUCAAAACUGGACAGUCAUGGCCUGGGCAGAGAGGAGAGGUAUGGUGGUGCUUCAUGUAUCCUUCUCUUUGCUAGUCCUCAUGCAAGCAUCAUUAGUCACAACUCAGGAAUGUGAGAAGUUAAUUGUCUGUGAGAGGGUUACUACUGAAAUCAAUUGCGGAGAGGGCCUUAUCAACAUUUGCACUGCUGUCUACGGACGAACUGAUAGCACAACCUGUCCUCACCAACAAGUAUCAGACACGACUUGUGGAGUAGACGUGGAGGCUGUUCUCGGUUCAGAUUGUAACGGCCAAUCGCAAUGCAGAAUUACAGCAACGAAUACCCUUGCUGGUGAUCCGUGCCGAGGAAUACAUAAGUACCUUGAGGUAGCCUACACAUGCAAAGAUUUCGACGAAUGUGCAGCCGGUACUCACAGUUGUGAUGACAAUGCAACAUGUCAAAACGCUCCAGGCUCUUUCAUCUGCGUCUGUAACGUUGGAUACACCGGCAACGGAUUCAGCUGCACUGAUUUCGACGAAUGUGCAGCCGGUACUCACAGUUGUGAUGCAAAUGCAACAUGUCAUAACGCUCCUGGUUCUUUCUUCUGCGCCUGUAACAUUGGAUACACCGGCAACGGAUUCAGCUGCAUUGACAUCGAUGAGUGUACAAGUAGACCAGGCACAUGUGACACAAAUGCUGCAUGUACCAACACUCCAGGAUCUUUCAAAUGCGCCUGUAAUCCUGGAUACAGAGGGAGUGGGUCCACUUGUACAGAUGUCAAUGAAUGUGAAAUUGGCACCUCCAAUUGUUACGCAAAUUCUGCAUGUACUAACACUCCCGGAUCAUUUACGUGCAUCUGUAAUGAGGGAUAUACUUUCAAUGGAAUAGGUUGUAUUGAUGUCAAUGAAUGUGAAAUUGGCGACUCCAAUUGUUACGCAAAUUCUGCAUGUACGAACACUCCUGGAUCAUUCACGUGCCUCUGCAAUGAAGGAUAUACUUUCAAUGGAACAGGUUGUAUUGUGGAUCCACUGGCUACCGUGACAACCAUGAGCCCAUCGCCACCAGCUUCUGCAGGUCAUCGUGGUGCAGUGGUUCCAGUUGUAGUCGUUCUAUUAAUUGCUGUCAUCCUUACAGCCGUUAUUGUUGCAGUUAUUUGCUAUAGGCGACGGCGAUUUUCAUCAACAAAAGAUCAGGGACCACAUCAAACCUCAAAAGAAGUUGCUAACCCGAACUACAUGAUUGACAACGAUCAAAAUGAAUACGCAGAGUGCGCUAACCCGAUGAGUCCGUCCAAUACCGCAAUCACUACCGGGUCUCUGGAGGAUGCCCUGAAACACGACUACACGGAGCUCCAUACCUCUGUUCCAUGUUCAAACCAAGACAACGUGGACAUCUACAAUGUGGUAGGAGAAGAGGUCUGCAAAGAACAAGAUGAAUAUCAUGAGUACCAUUUACCGGAGAUUAGACAUGAUGUUUCUCCACAAGGUCCUUACCAAGACCUUUUAAGAGAAGGGACCUACCAGGAAAUUACUACGGGAUAUAAUGUGAAGAAGGCUGUGGUUAUUGGUUUAAAUCAAGGGCCAGACGAUGACAAGAUUCCCGUGACUCCAAGCAAAUUGAACGAGAACGCAUAUCAAGAUUUAUGCCAAAAAGAUGAUAAAGAAAACAAUAGUUACCAGGCUCUUAAGAUCGCGGAGCCGGAAUAUCUGGAGCUUAUUGCGGAUGACACGUCUCUGGCACCUAAGCAACUCAACGAAAAUGACUACGAAAAUCUUUAGAUAUGUACUAUGUGAUAAAGUUAAUAUUGUUUUUGGAUCUGUAACGGAAUGCCACUCGGAGAUGGAAGCCUCACACAGCAACAGAUACCAACAUUUUAU